AAAAUGUGGUCCUCCUAGGCCCUAGGCAACAGAUCAAAACGAAAAUAAUGGGUCCGUGUGACACAAAGUUACUGAAGAAAAAAAGGGUGAAAAAAAUAGAAGCAUACAAAUGACACAAGCCACAAGUGUAGUGUUGUUCUCCCCCCCUGUGAGCUUCCUCAAUAGAGCUACAGUCUCUGUUUCAAAAAGAAGUGUGUCAUACUCAGUAUUUAGCUGAAGUUGCAGCUCAUGUACCAGAAUGGGAAAUCACACCACUGAGGCCAUAUACACUUUCCUGGAAUUGCUGAUCGCCGUGGCAUGUUGCCUUGGUAACCUGCUGGUGAUCUGGGCAGUGUGGGCGUGUGGUGCCAUGCGGCGGCAGCCCACCUUCUGCUUCAUCAUCUCUCUGGCCGUAGCUGACUUCCUGGUGGGGGCCGUGGCCGUACCUCUGGCGGUUCUGGUGGAUGGACGGGUCAGAACUUCUUUCUACGGCUGCCUGUUCCUCAGUUGUGUGGUGAUUGUUCUGACCCAAGCCUCUGUCCAUUCCCAGUCCCUAGGCUAAGGCUACAGUAAGUUACUAUUGUGUACACAAAUUCAAAGUAAGUUAUCACUGUGAUUCUGGCACUGUUGUGUGUAUUUCUGUAAAAUCCUGACUGUUCUUGUGACUGGAAAGAAGUAAUGCUUGCAUAAUAAACAGUACAUGAAUAAGUAGAUCCCAUCACGGAUAUGAAAAUGAUUGCUCAGCGACAUUUGAAUGACUUGGCUUGUUUUGUUUAACCUACGAUGACAUGACAAAUUUCCGUUCAGUAUUCAUCAUAGAAUAGCACCCACUUGCUAUCCUUGGGGACUUUUUGAACAAAUCUGUUGAUUUAAUCACAUGUAUAGGAACACAUCAUGCAGCCAAAGAUUAUACAACACAAUGUUCUGUCUGGGCCAAUA